CCCGAGAUUUCGGCGCCGCGGAGAGAAGGGCGUAUGUGUCCGAGGUAGACACGCCGCGUCUGACUAGAAAGCGCAAGCUGGUGGUGCUUUAGCCACAGCUGUGAGCGGUCCGGAGCUGCCGGCCCGCCUCUUCACGCCCUGUCAGCGGGAGCGCCUUGGCUCGGCUUUUUCGCUAUUCCAGGAUGCCUGAUGAAGACCUAACCUUUGGUGUAAGCUACCCUCUUUAUUAGCUCCUCGAAGACAAAGACUACUCUGCUUUUCUUCUCCACCUUUGACCUGAGUCAAAUAAAAAUUGCCUAUCAAGACUGAGUUAUUUGGUUCCGCCCUUGCUGUGCUUGAAGUUACAUUCAUCUCUUUUUUUAUCAUUUGCACUCUGACAUCAAGACACUGGAGCAGCCAUGGGCUGUUUCUGUGCAGUGCCUGAGGAAUUUUAUUGUGAAGUUCUGCUUCUGGACGAAUCCAAAUUAACCUUAACCACACAGCACCAAGGGAUAAAGAAGUCAACGAAAGGGUCGGUUGUCCUGGGCUACGUAUUUCGGCAUUUAAACCUCGUUGAGAUAGAUUAUUUUGGACUGCGCUACUGUGACAGAAGUCACCAGACGUUCUGGCUGGAUCCUGCAAAGACUCUUACAGAACAUAAGGAACUCAUAAAUACUGGCCCACCUUACACAUUGUAUUUUGGUGUUAAAUACUAUGCAGAAGAUCCAUGCAGACUAAAAGAAGAAAUCACCAGGUAUCAGUUCUUUUUACAGGUGAAGCAAGAUGUCUUACAAGGGCGCUUGCCUUGUCCUGUCAACAUUGCUGCUCAGUUGGGAGCUUAUGCAAUACAGG